GGCCGGCCGUUGGAGGGAGCUCCGCUUCUUUGUUGGUCGCUGUCUUUCGCUUCUCUUUUGACCUCCGGCCGGGUUCCGGCCAGCAAUGGAGACCUGGAGGCUGCCCGUGGAGGUCAUCACUUACAUCUUGAGCUUUCUACCUAUCUCUGAUAGAAAAGAGGCCUCUCUAGUUAACCGAGCCUGGUAUUUUGCAGCCCAAGACUCCCUGCGACAGGAGAAUGUCUUCUACAACAUCCCAGCUACCUCUGCUUCACUCAAGACCAUCCGGGGCUUGGCCCAAAGGCAUGUGUGCAGUGUCAAGAUGGCAAACCUAGAUAGCUCUACCAUUUCUCGGGAUGUCAUCAAAUAUAUUGCCAAUUACUUGGGGCCCCAUCUACGCAGACUGUGCUUGAAUGGGAGCUGCCUGACAGAAGCUAGCUUUGAGGAACUCCUCCUCGCUUGCCCCUGCCUCGUGGCCCUGGAUCUGAGCAGCUGCAACAGCCUCUUCAUGUCUGGCACCCUGCUGUCCAAACAAGAGACUUUGGUGCAGGCCCAAAAAGUGCUAGUCAAUUUGAAGGAACUGAAUCUGUCUAGUGUAAGGUACUUGUCUGACCUCACUUUCAACCGCCUGACCAGCUGUUGUCCACAGCUGGCCAAGUUGGUCCUUGCCCGCUGCCACAUUACCUUUGAGUUUGAUAGCUACUAUGGCUCCUAUAACUACAGCUCCUCAGUCCUGCUGUCCUUCCGCAACCUCCUGCAGUUUCUCCACCAGCGAGCCCCGUGCAUCAAGUCUUUGGAUUUGAGUGGCACCAAUAUUAACAGCCAGGCGAUGAAGACCCUGGUCCAAAUGGAGAACCUGCAGCUGCAGGAACUUGUAUUGCAGGCUUGCCGGGAUCUGAGCAAUGAGGCUGUGAGCAUCCUGUGUCAGCACCAGCCUCAUCUGACCACGCUGGAUCUGAGCGGGUGCUCUGAGCUUUCUGACCGGGCCCCCCUGGCCAUCAGCUCUCGGCUCCUAGCUCUUCAGUGCCUGCACCUGGGGAAGCUCCCACGAAUGACCGAUGCUGGCUUCCAGAGAAUGUCACGCCUGAAGCAUCUCCAAAGCUUGGACGUGUCUGAGUGCAGCCUUGUGAGCUGCAGUGAGCUCAUGAAAGCUUUUGGCGCUAAUGCAGGACUUCCCAAAUUAAAAUCCUUGAACGUCGCCUUUUGCUCGUUACUAAGAGACAGCACAGUGCUCUCUCUAGCUGAAGCCCUAAGCAAGAACCUUCGGGUUCUGGAUCUAUCAUCCUGUGUGUCACUCUCUAACAGAAGCGUCCAGGCAAUUGCUUCCCGUCUUUUAUGCUUGACUGUCCUCCGCUUGGCCUGGUGUAAAGAACUGACCGACUGGGGCUUGCUGGGCGUUGAGGAGCCCAGAGAGCAGUGCGAAUAUGCCAGAGAGAAAGAAGCAGGCCCAAAGUUCAGCAGGAACUUUGGCAACAUGGGUUUUUUCCUGCCACCUCCCCAGGAUUUGGAGCAGGAUAAGCUGAUUGUCACUAACCUCAAUCAACAGAAUGCUCCAGAGCAGCACCAAACCUCUUUGAGUGCCCUGACCCGUCUGCAGGAGCUUGACUUGACAGCCUGUGGGAAGCUGACAGACGUGAGCAUAGCCAAGGUUAUCACCUUCCCAGAACUCCGCCACCUUUCCCUCAGCCUUGUGCCCAACAUCACUGACACCAGCCUCCUUGCUAUUGCGCGCAACUGUCAGAGCCUGGAACACCUUUCGCUGACCCACUGCACAAACCUGACGGAUAGAGGUUUUGCUGAGGCAGCUGGAUCUCUGCGCAGGCUGCAGUAUCUCAUUCUUUCUGGCUGCAACCAGCUGACCCCCAGGACCCUGAAGUCUGUCGGUCAGGAGUGCCAGCUGCUGAAGUGCUUGGAUGUCUCCAUGUGCAGCAAGAUCAGCAUGUCCGAUGUCGAACGUUUCCAGUCGCAGCUGCCCCCUCAGAGCCAGACGAGCAUCCAGGCACGGUUUGUGGGUGGCGCAGACCUUUCCAUCAGCCUCUGAGGAAUGCUUGGUGGGUCGCGAGCCUAGACCCCUUGACGACAAACCUCUCCCCAUCCCAGUGGGAAUACAGGAGAUCAUCUUGGACAACCUUGACAGCCUCAUGCCCAUAGGGUGAGAAUUAAUUGCACAGCUAUUGCCGUAUAAGCCCCAUCAAAGAAACAGCCUAUCCUCCAUGGCAGUGAGGACAGCUUCCAAGAUGGUCUUCCAGGAGGGGGCUACUGAUUAAGGAGGGGGCUAUUGAUUAUUAAGACCAGCAACUCUGAUAUCCUGCAAGCAGAAUGGGGAAUAUUUAUUUUGCUCCUGGAGUUUGGACCAAGGCAAGUCCCAGCAGUGCUGGGACUGGUACCCCAGCAAGGUGGCAGGACAAAUCUUGCUGUUCAUACCAACUUCGACAUAGCCAGGCACAAGCACUCCCCCCCGCACCACACACAAAGGCUAUGAAUCCCCUGUAUGCAAGAGGGAUAACUACAUUCUUAGGUGCCAACCCUUCAAAGUCCCCUUGUCAAUUUUAGGGGAACUUGUGAUUGAACCUGCUUCCAAAGUCUGCCCUCCCCACUGACAUCAGAGCAUCCUUGGACUGUUCAGGCACAGUGAGACGCCCCAGUGACUUCAUUCUUGCUAACAGGGUGAAAAAGCAACUUUUGUCAUUAGCAUCCCUCUCUUCUUCCUAAGCCUAUAACCCUGUUUGUGUACUGGGGGAGGGGGGGCUUCAGACACAAAACACAGACACAAAUAAAAGACUGCCAUCUUAUCCAUGCUUUGGAAUCUGGGGCAAAGGACAAUGCAGGCUAUUAAACCCAGCUCUCUCAUCUUG